AUGGGAAACCUACAAUCAAUAGCACCAUCACAAAUUUUCCCUGUUGAACAUUAUUUAAUAGGAUUAGAAGACGUAAGUCAAAUGAUUGACAUCACUACAAAAGAUGAAAUUGACCGUGAAGGUUUAAUUCUAAUAACAACACUUGUCACAUCUUGCAUUCGAGGAAUAUAUCAUUGCAGUUCCAAAAUUAAUUGUUUGGAAAUUCUUCACAAACUAGCUCAACACACGACAUCGGAGACAAUUUUAGAUAGAAUUCUUCCAUUUAUUCUUCACUUCACACAAGACAUCUCAGCGAAUGUUCGUGUUGCAGCACUUGACACGUUAACAUCUUGUCUUUGUUUAGUGAAGUCAUUGCCACGAUCUGAUGCAAAUGUUUUUCCUGAAUAUGUUCUUCCUUCAAUCUCGUCAUUGGCAACAGACCCGUCAACUAUGGUACGUGUUGCUUAUGCUCACAACAUUGCAACACUCGCUGAAACCGCAGUUAGAUUUCUUGAGAAUUCACAACUCGCUUCAGGCGACGGUCCCGUACCAAAAUAUGAAACUGAACUUCGUGAUUUGCAUGAAAUGUUGUCGUCGACUGUGAUGAGUUUAUUGACUGAUAGUCAAUCGAUUGUAAAACAAACAUUGAUGGAGUCGGGAAUAACAAAGCUGUGCGUGUUUUUUGGAAGUCAAAAAGCAAACGAUAUCAUUCUUUCACACAUCAUCACAUUUCUCAAUGAUAAAGAAGACAAAAAUCUUCGUGGAACAUUCUUCGAUUGUAUUGUUGGCAUUGCAGCAUUUGUCGGUUGGCAUUGUUCACCAAUUUUAAUUCCACUUCUUCAACAAGGUUUUAGUGAUACCGAAGAGUUUGUUCUUGCGAAAGCAAUUCGUGCAUCAACAGCUUUAACUGAGUUAGGAUUGAUUCAGAAGACAAACUUAAUUGAGUUCAUUUGUGAUUGUGUUUGCUUCUUAAAUCAUCCAAACAUUUGGAUACGACAUGAGAUUUGUGGUUUAAUAUCAACAGCUGCAAAGAGUCUUUCAGCGCUUGACGUUCAAUGUAAAAUAAUGCCAGCAGUUUCUGUUCAUCUUCGCACGCCUUUAUUACAAGUUGAGAGAAUUGAACUUCUUCUUGAUUGUCUUCAUCCGCCAAUUCCACGAAGUAUUUACGACAAUGUUGUAAAGUUUCCUGAAGUCGGACAGUUUAUUGAGAUACUGAAAGAUCGACGACAUGCGAGAGCCAAAGCUGGAACUGAUGGCAUUGCAAAGUACGGAGAAAUGACACAAGCAAUGAGAAAUUUUUUCCGACGUUUAUCAUCGACUGAGGAUCUUAAUGAUCUCGUUGAACUUCAAUUACUUUCAAUGGGUAAUCACUUGAUAAAAAUGGCUCGUUAUCGUGCUCAUGACAAUAAAAAGUCAUCUAGAGACGGUCGAAUAAAAUUGGAGAGGAAAGAUUCAUGUUAUCUUCAUGAGUUAGCGCUUGUUGAUAAGCUAACAAAGGUUGACAGUCAAGGAAGAAAACAUCGUGUAAGUGAAUCAGCGAGUGCUGAUUGGCUUUUGAAUGCAGACUUUCAAUCACCAUCGUCAGCAUCUCCAAUGCCUGAUGCAAUCUCAUUGAAUGCUCAGCCAAUCCAAGCAACACCAACAUUGUCGUUAGUCGAGUACAGCAUGCCAGAGAGAAGUUUUCAUCAGGAAAGAUUAUCUGAAUGUCGAUUGGAACUUGAUCAAUUAACGAAUCAAUUGAAGAUGAAAUACUCGACGAGUCUUCGUAAUGAGAUGUCGGAUGGGCAAUCGAAUGUGUCAGAUGAUUGGAAGUUCGCUGGAACUCUCGUCGCUCAUCUUCAUGAACAUAAAAAUGCUGUGACGAGAAUGGCGUCGCUGAAAGUUGGCGGACCACUUUUUGCUAGCACAAGCACUGAUGGAACUGUGAGAUUGUGGGAUUGUACGAAGCUUGACGGUCAUCAAAACAUUAACAGAUCAAGACAAUUUUAUUCAGCAAACACUCCAUUAAAUGCAGUUGCAGCUUGUGACGCCGGACAAUCGCUUGCUGUUGCUGGUCGUGAUGGAGCUUUACUCAUCCUUCGAAUAGAUCCAAAUUCCAGUAAAAUGGCUUUGGAACAAGCAAGACAUUUAGAUUCGAAUGCAAGAAUUGAUAGAGCUGUGAAAGAACAAGACGAUGGACCUGUCGUUGAGAUGCAAGCAAUGGAUCAAGGAUCGCAAAGUUUAAUUGUGUAUGCGACACUUUACGGAGCCAUUGUUGGUUGGGACAUUCGAAUGCAGGGAAAUGCAUGGCGACUUGAAAGUGAUUUGAGAAACGGCGUCAUUACAACAUUCACAAUUGACCCAACAAACUCUUCGUGGUUGGCAAUUGGAACGAGCAGUGGUCGUCAUUUAUGUUGGGAUUUGAGAUUUAGAUUGAAAAUUGCUGAGAUUAAACAUCCACAUGAAUCGAGAAUCAGGAGAGUUGCGUGUCAUCCGACGGAGCCUUCUUGUUUGAUUUCAGCAUCGCAAGGGAAUAACGAAGUUUUUUCGUGGAAUAUUGAAACAAAUUCGAGGCAACCUGCACUUUGGGCGAGCACCGCGCCGCCAUUGUCAAAUGUCAACAACACAGCACAUUCGGUUUGUGCUCUUUUACCGGGAGUUGUCGAUGGAAAAGGCUUUCUUGUGACUGGUGGAACAGAUCAGAGAAUAAGAUUUUGGGAUCUUCAAAACGCAGGCAAUUGUAAGCUUGUUGUUCCAUCACCCAAAGAUUCAAACACGACGAAUGUUUCUUACAGUUCACGAGUUAUCGAUGGCACGUAUGUGAUUCAGGAACUUUACAAUGGAAAUCAAUCGCCGACAACUGGAUCUGUAAAUUCAUCACGAAUCAAUAUUGAAGAUCAUAAACCCGGACCAGAUCUUCCAGUUUUCGGUCACAAUGAUGUGAUUACAGAUUUGGUUUUGUGUCGAACGCAAAAGCAAACUUUUAUUGCUUCAAGUAGUCGUGAUGGUGUGAUUAAGCUGUGGAAAUAAGAAGUUUAAUUUUUUUCUGUUUUUAUUACAUUUUUUUCGUCAUUAAACCAUUAAAUUUAUUUAUUUAAUUAUUUUUUUUAAUAAUUUUUUUAAAUAAAUAAAGAAAACAAAUCGCUUAAUAAUAAUGAAUAAAAAGUUUUCUUUUUGAAAUAUUGCAGGAAUGACAUGAAGUCGGUCGUUUGUUGCUUAAGGCAGCAACAUUAAGAAUUUGUUCAGAGCCUCUUGAGAAAUCUUGUAAUCAACUGCUUGGAUUUCUUUAACAAAUUGGCACUGAAGGAUAAGGAAUUUUAUUUGGAAAAGCGUAAGGCGCUGGGUUGACAGCGCGGCAAAUAUCUUUGUAACUUCUACCCCGCGGUUUUGGAGUUGCCGGCCGUCUUCUUGCUGGUUGAACAUUUCUUGAAUAUUCAUUGCUGUAUCCCAGAUUAUAUCCUUGGUUGUAGCCGUUGAGAUUGAAGAGUUCUUGGAGAAAUGGCGAAGCAAACGAUUCACAGAUCACCGCAAGCACAAUGAAAGCAACCACAAAUAAAUUUCUCAUUUUUAUUUCUUUAACUUGAAUAUUUAUGCUCAAAAAUUUAGCUGCAGUUAUGUUGUUCUGAUAACUUUUUCUCUUAACACCACAGAAAUGAGUUUUAAAUGUUGCUGAUCGCGUGUUCUAUUAUAAAGCAGCCGCGAAACAAUUAUGAAUGCAUAACGCUUGCGACGAUA